GACUAUUAUUAGAUCCUAUCGAAGGGAGCUGUCCACAGCUUAUACAACAGGAAAGGGAUAUGAGAUACGUUGCAUGGGCGAAAGUUGAUAAAGUGUACAUUCCUAUCAAUUAUGAUUGUCAACAUUGGGCAUGUGGGGAAAUUGAUCUCAAAGCGUGGACUUUUACCGUAUACGACUCUUCAACUAGCUUCAUAUCUUCUACGGAUAAGUUCAUUAAUAUGAUGGCACGAUAUCAACAUCUUCCGGCUAUCAUUAAUGCCACUAGAUACUGGGAGGUUAGGGGUGAUAACCCUAACUUGGAGCCAUUCACGUUGAUGCGAUGUACUGAUGUUCCACAACAAGGCAAAGCCUCUGGUGAUUGUGGCGUAUUCACACUUUUGAUGAUAGAGUAUUUAGCCACCGGUCGGAAAUUUGACUAUACAUCCUCUGAUAGUAUUACUUUGCGUAGGAUGAUCGCGGCUAAGAUUUUUGCUCAUGGAUGCACUUGUUGA